UCCUGUAGUGUGUGGGGGGGUAUUUUUCCCGUUAUGCAUGUGCAUCUCUCCCACCAGACCCAAGUGGAUUGUCGACCUCAAAAACAUCGAGUGGCUCAACACACACCUCCUCCCAGCCAGACCUGUGGGGUAUUCACCUGAUACACAACAGGUGGCCGGUGCACAUCUUUUUGCAAUCUGAUCCACGCUGUCUAUAGUCUCCUGAUCAGGGUGGGCCUGCAUGCUCCUUCCUCAGCUAGAACCGUGGUAUACUCAGCAGAUAAAGGACUAACUACCUCAUCAGGACCCGGGGGUUGAGCAGAGGGAGGCCGAAACCAGCUGCUGUGAAAUCAUGGCGUGGAGCCCUCAGCCCUGGACCAGGGGAGAUAGCUAGGAUCCUGAAGGAACCAAGUUACAGAACAUUAGCAUCGUUUUGUUCUCAUUUUGUUUUCCAAAAAUUAUUUUUCAGUUACUGGUUGUGCACUUUAUAAAACAGUUGGCUUGAAUUCUAAGUGGAAGGAUUCUUAAUUGGGUUUUUGUGGGAUGUAAAUCAAGGUAAUUGAGGUUUUUUUUUUCCUUUCAAGUUUUCUAUUUUUGCAAUCAAAAGUAGCUAGUGUAGGAGGAAGAGUUUUUGUGAGCUUUUCCUUUUUUCUUUGUCAAAAAGGGGGAAAAUGCAUCCUCCAGAAGCCACCGCCAAGAUAUCUUCAGUUCGGUUCAUGGUGACACCAACAAAGAUUGAUGACAUUCCAGGUUUGUCAGACACCAGCCCGGACCUCAGCUCGCGAUCUAGUUCCCGAGUAAGAUUUAGCUCCCGCGAAAGUGUGCCAGAAACAAGCCGUAGUGAGCCUAUGAGUGAACUGUCUGGCGCCACUACUUCUCUGGCAACUGUGGCCCUAGAUCCUUCCAGUGACCGGAUUUCUAACCCCCAGGAUGUUACUGAGGACCCGAGUCAGAACUCCAUCACAGGGGAGCACAGCCAGCUGUUAGAUGAUGGACAUAAGAAAGCUCGAAAUGCUUAUCUCAGCAAUUCCAACUAUGAAGAAGGAGAUGAGUAUUUUGAUAAAAAUCUGGCACUCUUUGAGGAAGAAAUGGACACCAGACCAAAGGUGUCAUCUCUCCUCAACCGCAUGGCCAACUAUACUAACCUGACACAGGGAGCAAAGGAGCAUGAAGAGGCAGAGAACAUCACUGAAGGGAAGAAGAAGCCUACCAAGAGCCCCCAAAUGGGUACUUUUAUGGGUGUCUACCUCCCAUGUCUACAAAAUAUUUUUGGAGUGAUCCUCUUCCUGCGUCUUACCUGGGUAGUGGGCACAGCUGGAGUCCUUCAGGCCUUUGCGAUUGUCCUUAUCUGCUGCUGCUGUACGUUGUUGACUGCCAUCUCCAUGAGUGCCAUUGCCACCAAUGGAGUGGUGCCAGCUGGGGGCUCAUACUUCAUGAUUUCCCGGGCCCUGGGCCCAGAGUUUGGCGGGGCUGUUGGCCUCUGCUUUUAUCUGGGCACCACGUUUGCAGCAGCCAUGUAUAUUCUUGGUGCCAUUGAAAUUUUUCUGGUAUAUAUCGUCCCCCGAGCUGCCAUCUUCCGCAGUGAUGAUGCACUCAAGGAGUCAGCAGCCAUGCUAAAUAACAUGCGUGUCUAUGGCACAGCCUUCUUGGUCCUCAUGGUUUUGGUGGUAUUCAUUGGCGUCCGCUAUGUGAAUAAGUUUGCCUCACUUUUCCUGGCCUGUGUAAUUGUGUCCAUUUUGGCUAUCUACGCUGGUGCCAUCAAGUCUUCCUUUGCUCCACCACACUUCCCGGUCUGCAUGUUGGGCAACCGCACCCUUUCAUCAAGACAUCUUGACGUUUGCUCUAAGACCAAGGAUGUUAACAACAUGACAGUGCCAUCAAAGCUAUGGGGAUUCUUCUGUAACUCAAGUCAGUUUUUUAAUGCCACCUGUGAUGAGUACUUUGUUCACAAUAAUGUCACCUCAAUCCAAGGCAUUCCUGGGCUGGCUAGUGGUAUCAUUACUGAAAACCUUUGGAGUAAUUAUUUACCAAAGGGUGAGAUCAUUGAAAAGCCAUCAGCCAAGUCAUCUGACGUCUUGGGCAACUUAAACCAUGAGUACGUCCUUGCUGAUAUCACCACCUCCUUCACUCUGCUGGUGGGGAUCUUCUUCCCUUCUGUCACAGGUAUCAUGGCUGGGUCAAACAGAUCUGGAGAUCUGAAAGAUGCUCAGAAGUCCAUUCCCAUUGGAACCAUCCUUGCCAUCCUGACCACAUCCUUUGUGUAUUUAAGCAAUGUUGUCCUUUUUGGCGCAUGUAUUGAAGGAGUUGUUCUCAGAGACAAAUUUGGGGAUGCUGUGAAAGGUAAUUUGGUUGUCGGCACCUUAUCUUGGCCAUCCCCAUGGGUGAUUGUUAUUGGCUCCUUCUUUUCAACGUGUGGGGCUGGACUUCAGAGCCUCACAGGUGCACCUAGGCUGCUCCAGGCUAUUGCCAAGGAUAACAUCAUACCAUUCCUUAGGGUUUUUGGUCACAGCAAAGCCAAUGGGGAACCUACCUGGGCCUUACUUCUAACUGCUGCCAUAGCAGAGCUGGGGAUUCUCAUCGCCUCCCUGGAUCUCGUUGCCCCAAUUCUUUCAAUGUUUUUCCUCAUGUGUUACCUCUUUGUGAACUUGGCAUGUGCCUUGCAGACAUUACUCCGAACCCCCAACUGGAGGCCCCGAUUCCGCUACUAUCACUGGGCCCUCUCUUUCAUGGGAAUGAGUAUCUGUCUAGCUCUGAUGUUCAUUUCUUCCUGGUAUUAUGCCAUUGUAGCUAUGGUAAUUGCUGGCAUGAUCUACAAGUACAUUGAGUACCAAGGGGCUGAGAAGGAAUGGGGCGAUGGCAUCCGUGGGCUGUCCCUCAGUGCCGCUCGCUUUGCUUUGCUCCGCCUGGAGGAAGGACCUCCUCAUACUAAGAACUGGAGGCCUCAGCUGCUUGUAUUGCUGAAGCUGGAUGAAGACUUACACGUCAAGCACCCUCGCCUCCUCACCUUUGCCUCCCAGCUCAAGGCAGGAAAGGGACUCACUAUUGUGGGCUCUGUCAUCGUGGGGAACUUCCUGGAGAACUAUGGGGAAGCUCUGGCUGCAGAGCAGACCAUUAAGCACCUAAUGGAGGCAGAAAAGGUAAAAGGAUUCUGCCAGCUGGUGGUGGCUGCCAAGCUGAAAGAGGGUAUUUCACACCUCAUCCAGUCCUGUGGCCUUGGAGGCAUGAAGCACAACACAGUGGUGAUGGGCUGGCCCAAUGGCUGGCGUCAGAGUGAAGAUGCUCGCGCUUGGAAGACUUUCAUUGGCACAGUUCGAGUGACAACUGCUGCCCAUCUAGCCCUGCUGGUGGCUAAAAAUGUCUCCUUCUUUCCCAGCAAUGUGGAGCCAUUUUCUGAGGGCAACAUUGAUGUGUGGUGGAUUGUGCAUGAUGGGGGCAUGCUCAUGCUGCUACCCUUCCUACUGAAACAGCACAAGGUAUGGAGAAAAUGCAGCAUAAGGAUCUUCACAGUGGCCCAACUCGAAGACAACAGUAUCCAGAUGAAGAAAGAUCUGGCCACCUUCCUGUACCAUCUGCGCAUUGAGGCAGAAGUGGAAGUGGUGGAGAUGCAUGACAGUGACAUAUCAGCCUAUACAUAUGAGCGCACCCUCAUGAUGGAGCAGAGGUCCCAGAUGCUCCGGCACAUGCGACUGUCUAAAACAGAACGAGACAGAGAGGCACAGCUGGUGAAAGAUCGAAACUCAAUGCUACGCUUAACUAGCAUUGGUUCUGAUGAGGAUGAAGAGACAGAAACUUACCAGGAGAAGGUACACAUGACGUGGACCAAGGAUAAGUACAUGGCAACCCGGGGGCAAAAGGUCAAGUCAAUAGAAGGAUUCCAGGAUCUACUUAAUAUGCGUCCGGACCAGUCCAAUGUGAGACGUAUGCACACAGCAGUGAAGCUCAAUGAAGUCAUAGUUAACAAGUCCCAUGAAGCCAAACUGGUUUUGCUGAAUAUGCCAGGACCACCCCGGAACCCUGAAGGUGAUGAAAACUACAUGGAAUUCCUAGAAGUACUCACCGAGGGAUUAGAGCGAGUCCUCCUUGUCCGGGGUGGUGGCAGUGAAGUAAUCACCAUUUACUCCUAAUCGGCUUGUGGAAGAUUCUCCUUGGUCUUACCUUCACUAAGACUCAUCACCCAUGGAGAUGACAGCUCUUUCCUACCACUCCCACUCCACUCUUGCGGAGCUGAGCCCCAACUAUGCUCUUGGACAACAUGAUCUGCCAUCCCAGCAGAGGCAAAUAUUCCCUUACGAUCAGAACGGCCAAGUCCUGAAAGCUAUUUCUAUGGCAGAAGAAGGCAAGCCAAAACUGCUGAAGGUAGUGAGUUAGUAAAACAUAUGCUAGAAACUAAACUAAAAG